UUUUUUUCCCUCCAAACCAGGAUUUCCAAUUCCCAAACAUUGGCUGGAUGGAGGAGACGGCUGCAAAAAAGAGGAAGACAUCUCAGGABACCCAGGCAGACAAUGAGCUGAGGAUGGAGACCAAGGAGGACAAAUCCCUCCAGCAGAACCUCAUGGAAGAGGUUGUUUUGUGCAGCUCCAGGGCACAGGAAUCCAAUGAGAAGGAAAAGCCCCGGAUAUCUUGCAGAAGGAAGGGCUCCAAACCCAGGCCAGGGUGCUCUGAGUGGGGAAGACCCACCCAGUGCCAGGAAGGCACUCAGAGCUUCAGCCAGGGCUUGGAGCUGGGGGUCCAGGAGCAGCUUCACGCUGGGGAGAAGCCCUACAAGUGCUUGGAGUGUGGGAAUAGCUUCAGCACGAGCACCCUCCUGAUCCGUCACCGGCUGAUCCACACUGGGGAAUGGCCCUACGAGUGUGGAGAAUGUGGGAAGGGCUUCAGUUGCAGCUCUCAACUGAUCCACCACCAGCCCAUCGACACUGGCAAGAGUCCCUAUGAGUGUUCUGAGUGUGGGAAGAGGUUUUCAAGGAGCUCCACUCUUGUCAUACACCAGCGCAUUCACACGGAUGAGAGGCCGUUCCACUGCCCCGACUGUGGGAAGGGCUUCAAGCACAACUCCACCCUCGUCACCCACCAGCGCAUCCACACUGGGGAGAGGCCGUACGAGUGUCCUCAAUGUGGGAAGAGGUUUCAGAGCAGCUCAGAUCUCCUCAAACACCAGCGCAUCCACACUGGGGAGAGGCCCUAUGAGUGUUCCCAGUGUGGGAAGUGCUUUAGCCGAAGCUCUCACCUGACCCGACACCAACGCUGCCAUCGGUAAGAGAAGCCCUGUGAGUGCCCCGAGUUUGGGAAGAGCUCC